UCUCUUUCAUUCAGCAACUCUGAGAUAAAGAAACACAUCAGCACACAAACAACUUCCCGUUGUAGGAGUGUGGUGAAGGAACGAAGGAAACCGACAUGACCUGUCCGCUCAUCAGUGGGAUGUUUCUCACUCUUUCUUUGGCUUCAAUGGCUUUGUCCAGCCUGCACCCUGAGUGUGAGUUAAUAUUUCAGCUGGAAAGAGAGGAGCAGAACUGCCUUCAGUACAUCGUCGAGCAGGGCAACAGAAGCAUGGAGGGCUGUCCGCCAUUCUGGGAUGCAGUCGUGUGCUGGCCUCUUGCAGUGUUUGGGGAAACAGUCCACAGAGCUUGUCCUGCAGUCUUCUCCCUCUUCAAAAACAACACAGGUUCAGUGAGCCGUAACUGCACCACUGAGGGUUGGUCCAGACCUUUCCUGCCGCAUCACAUCGCCUGCAGUGUGGAUGCUGACAUCCCUGAGGCCGAGCAGUCAUACUAUGCCACAGUGAAGCUGAUAUACACCGUCGGUUACAGCAUCUCUCUAUUAGUGCUGACUGUUGCUGUGAUGAUCCUGUUGCUCUUAAGGAGGCUCCGCUGUGCCAGGAACUUCAUUCACAUCCAGCUCUUCAUCACAUUUAUCUUGAAAGCUGUGGCCGUGUUCAUAAAGGAUGCUACUCUGUUUUCAAGUGACGACACCAACCACUGCACCCUAUCCACAUUUGCCUGUAAGGCCUCUGUGGUCUUCUGUCACUACUGUGUAAUGGCUAAUUUUUUCUGGCUCCUGGUGGAGGCGCUUUACCUCAAUUCUCUGCUGCUUUCGUCCUUCUAUCACAGCCGCCGAUGCCUCUGGGGCUUCAGUCUGCUGGGAUGGGGUGUACCUGCAAUCUUCAUUGUUCUCUGGAUUGGAUCCAGGGUGUACUUUGAGGACACAGAAUGUUGGGACAUUAACGAGGACUCGCCCUAUUGGUGGAUCAUUAAGGGACCCAUUGUUGUGUCGAUUGCGGUCAAUUUCAUGCUCUUCAUGAACAUCAUCAGAAUCCUGAUACAAAAGCUCAAUCCUCGGCUGAUCCAGUUCAAUAAUUCGUCUCAGUACAGACGCCUGACCAAGUCCACGCUCCUCCUCAUCCCUUUGUUUGGUACUCACUACAUGUUCUUCAAUUUUCUGCCUGACUACUUUAAUGUCAACCUGCGCCUCUGCAUCGAGCUCUGCAUGGGAUCAUUCCAGGGGCUUCUUGUUGCAGUUCUCUAUUGCUUUCUUAAUCAAGAGGUCCAGAAAGAGGUCCACAUGCUGUGGCUGAAGUGGCAGGAGAGGAGCUAUGGUGUAGUGCCACCUGCUGUAAAGGGCAGCCAGAUAGACACACCUUUCUAGUGGUCUCCUGGCAUGUCAGUCUUCUCCUUCUGGUUCCAGUGAAUGUUCACUGAGGAACCCUGCACCAUUGAAGUCUGUCUGUUCUAAACAUUUUUAAUAAUUCUUCUUCAGCCAGAAUGGAGAAACUAUACGGUAAACUACAGUAUAAAACAAAAAUGUCUCAAAACAGAUGUUUUGAACUCAUAUUUUAAGGCAGGUCCUGUCUAUUUCCCAUAACAACAACUUUAGAAAGAUUAGCUGUAAGAUAGCAUUGAAAGAAAAAUAAUUUUGCUGAGCAAAGAGCCUAAAAUCAGUUCUAGCUACUGUCGAUGUGAUGCUAAAUUGUUAAAAGUGCUUCUCACUGUACGCUUUGACGUUUAAGUCUAUUAAAAUGUGUUGUGUUCUGUGAUGCCUCAUGGUCGUGUUAGCCGUUAUAAAGACAACCGCGGCCAUUUGUGAUUGAGCAAAAGACUGGCAACAUGACCAGUAACAGUAUAAUGGUGAUUAUUCUAAACCAUUUAAAGUCCAUAGGUAUACCUGCUAAUUGUUGUACAUUAUUUUGACAUGAUUUAAAUAAUAAUGAAAGAACUGGUUAUACCAUUCCCAUGUUCAUUUGUAAACCAUAUGUGUUGUCACCUGAAAAUAAUUUUCAUUGCGAUGUAAUGUUGUAAAAAAAUAUUAAAUUACUGCCAUGCUCGCGAGGACCCCA